AUGCCCUGCAAAAUCAUCGUUAUCACAGGCGCGAACACAGGUCUUGGGCUGGAGACUGUCAAAGCGCUCUACCACUCUGAUCGGAGAUAUCAUAUCCUGCUUGGCACUCGCAAUGCUGAAAAGGGUCAGCUUGCCUGCCAGACUCUUGCCACCCUAUCGUUACAGAAUACCGUAGAGCCGUUCGUGGUAGAUGUCGAGAGCGAUGAAUCCAUCGAUGCAGCUUUCAAACAAAUCGCAGGCAAGUACGAUCGGAUUGACUGUCUGAUCAAUAAUGUCGGCGCUUUGUUCGAUUCCUGUAUUGAUCGAGGCAUGACCACCCGCCAGGCAUGGAACAGGUCCUGGGAUGUUAAUGUCACGGGUGCACACAUGAUGACAAUCAGAUUCCUUCCUCUCCUGCUCAAAUCACAAGACCCGAGAUUAUUGUUUAUUACGAGUGGCCUGUCCUCUCUGCAUGAGGCUUCUGGUCCCAAUGAUUCAAAUAUUCCCUCCCGGUCAGCUGAAUCACCCAAGAUGCUCCCGUUUGUUGCCUAUCGAUCAGCAAAAGCAGGGCUUAAUAUGUUGAUGGUGGAGUGGGCUAAUAAGUUAAAGAACGACGGUGUGAAAGUGUGGGCGGUCUCUCCGGGCUUAAUGGCGACCUCUCUUGGGGGGAACACCGAUACAUUGAAGAGGUUGGGGGCGCAAGAUCCCAAAAUAGGGGGCGAGACUAUUCGUCGAGUUGUGGAGGGCAAGCGGGACGAAGAGGUUGGGAAGGUAGUGCGAGAAUAUUUGUCGCCAAUCCAACCAUGGUGA